CAAAAUGGAGCUCGAAUUUUCCAAUCGUUUAUGCUAUAUAAUCCCAGGUAUAUGAAAUAUUAAAGAUGAAGCUUGAUUGUUUAGAAUAACCACAGAUCAAGGACACACAGAUUACAAAAUCUUGCCGCGUAAAUUAUCGGACAGAUGUCGGCAGUCUAUCGGGCGGUAAUUUCAGCCGUUGAUAAAAAGGUUCCUGCUCGAAUCAAACCUUUAUGGGAUCAUCCUGCGGGACCUAAAACCAUAUUUUUCUGGGCGCCUACUUUCAAAUGGCUUCUUGUUAUAGCUGGUUUAGCAGAUAUUAACCGACCAGUCCAGAACGUCAGUUUAUACCAAAGCACAGCGCUUGCAGCAACAGGUCUCAUAUGGUCUCGGUAUUCUAUGGUUAUUAUCCCAAAAAAUUACAACCUUCUCAGUGUAAACGCCUUUGUUGCUCUAACUGGAUUAUAUCAACUAGCAAGAAUCGCUCAUUAUGAACGCUCUAAGUAGAAAACAUCAAGCUCAAUAAUCAGGGAACCCUAGUUUCUCUUUUUACUUGGAUUUGGGAUAUAUCUGCAUAUGCAAAUCUUUAUUAAUUUACCAUGCAAAAAACUGAAUUGAUGUAGUAGUUAAUAUCAAAUUACCUGUGACUUUGGUCACACAUAUUUCCAAGAUGUACUGAUCUUGAGUUUUAUUCUGUCUUACUAGUUGUGUAUCAAUUUUUGUCCAGUGGAUAUUUUUCUUUUAGUUACUUGAUCAUUAUUAGUAAUAUUACUCUAACAAAAAGCACUUCAAUAUUUGUGAUUUACACUAAUUUUCCUCGUAAGGAGUUUUGAUAUUACAAACUGUGAUUGCAGAAAGUAUUUUCUGAAUUUCACCAGCCUCUAUAUAAACCUGAAAACAUUUAGUCAUGUGAAUUAGAUGACUUCCCAUGUUUAAAAAUCGUAUAAUUUCUAGAAGUCGUAUUAGGUGUGUAUUUUUUCACUGGUUGAGUCAUGGAACAAUUGAUUGAAUAAAGGAUAUCGUUAGUACUAGCUGCCGACUUCAUUUUUCUUAAUAAUGGAAUGUUUCUCCAUGCGCUAAUUUAGAAUAAAAUUUACUGAUGCGCAAAGAUCUGCCUUCUGAUAGAAAGUCGUCUCAGUUAGUUCUGAGCAUGUGGACUUAAAUUGUGUACUCGCAUAUGUUCGUUUUAUGUGUUAGGGGUGAUUAAUUUGUUCACAUUAAUUUAGCGUCAUGCAAACGCGUCUUACUGGACGUAGGAAAGACGCUGCAAGGAAACCUCUUAGGGGCCUACUUAAUGAUAGUCAAGCUAAGAGUAUAUUUCAG